UAGUUUGGUUUGGGUGGUGCCGGGCCCAACCGGGAGCCUGGAACGGCUCAAAGGGACCUGGGAGAAGGGAAGAUUUUUUCGCUUUGGGCCGAGAAAGUUCUCGGAGCACAACUGUGCGGCAUGUUCCCAACACCGCACUAGGCGGGAAACGGCAGGAAAGAAACGGUCCCUGUCCCCAACCCCGCCCUUUUCAGGCCAUCUUCAUCCUGGGAAGAAGCGACAGGCACCACAACCCCCUUUCCCCCUCCCAUUUCAGGUCGGUUUGCGGGCGUGCGGGCAAGGUGGGAGGGCGGAGAGCUGGACGUGCCUCAGUAUUUCUAGUCGGAGCCGGUCACGCCCGCGUCGUCUCCUCUCCCACCCACAGGCCUGGCUCAACGCUCCCUCCCGGCCUGCCUCCCGUUCCUCCUCCAGCCGCUCUGCCGCCAGCGGGACUUGCGGUGGCCCGGGGGGGUCCCAGGAUGUGGGACAAGUCAGAGCUUUUAUUGGACCCACUUCCGCCGGGGGGAGAGACGCGCUUCGGAGCCUCCUGGCGCCCUGGAAGGGACCCAAAGAAGAGCUCCGUGUUUGCUCCAAAGCAUGUCCAACACAGGAUCUCCCCUCCCCUCCAUGUCCCUCCAGCUCAGAUCCCCGGUGCCCGUCGCACGGGCGUUUCAUGCCGCCGGCAGGAUGGCACCUGGGUAGAAGCCAUCCCACCUGCCCCUGCCCUCUCAGGGAGGCCAUUAGCCACGGGGAAGCUUCCCUUCCCUGCUAGCCUUUGUCUCGGGCGUCAGCUGCCCAGCGGAGCCGCUGCCCGAGAAGUCUGCUGUGCGUGGGGAUAUGUCAGGGGCCUGGCGCCCGCGGGCUGAGCCUGGCACAGGAGCCGAGCCCGUUGCAGGCUGGGUUUGUGUUUUGAAAGCCCUUGGGUGUUUUUGCAUCUGGUGGUUUGGGGUCUGAGUGGAGGAGCCUGGCCAGCAGCUCGCCCCCGGGGGAAAGGGGCUGGCACGUCCUGCCCCUCGCGUGAGGCCAUGAGACCGUGCGUCUCGUUGUGUGGUGGUGCCUGGGGGCGCCCGACACCAGCGCUUCUGAGCCUCACCACUACGACUGACCCACAACCCCCUCGUGAGCCUGGCGAGGGGCAGCCCUGGGCCCAGCAAGGAGUGAUUUGUUCAGAGUAGAGUUCAGAACCCAGGAGUCCUGGCUCCCAGCCCCCCCGCUCUAACCACUAACCCCACUCCCCUCCCAGAGCUGGGGAUGGAACCCAGGAGUCCUGGCCCCUCGCCCCUUCCCCCCUGCUCUAACCACUAGACCCCAUUUCCCCCUCCCCCGAGCCAGGAAUAGAACCCAGGAGUUCUGCUGCCCCAGCCCCCCUGCCCUAACCAGCAAAGCCAGAAAUGGACCUCGCUGGCUCCGGCAGAGUGGAAAUGCUGACGGGCUGUUUAUUUUUAGCAGCAGGUUCAUGGUUCAAACCCCGUUAUCAGCUCCGCGUGCCUGUCUGGCUGUGACCCAGGCCGGGAGCGAACGCUGCCCCCCGGGUGCCCCAGCCAGAGGCCUCAUAGCUCCCUGCCGGCUCCCGAUUCCCAGGGCAUUGGGGGAUUUUGGUUGCUCCAUUUCGGGUGUCGGUGGGGGAGGUGAAAGCCCAGCCUGCCCCCGGCCAGCGAGCUCUCGUUUUCUUGGCAGGAGGUCGGGGCGAGGCAGGUGAUUUUGGGACUGAUCCUGCCUCAGUUUGGCUGCUGGGGGCAGGACGGGGAAGCUUGGGCUUCUCUGCAUUAGCAAGAAGGGGCGUUUUUCCUGCGGGGUGUCGGCUGUGUUGCAGUGACCAGGCCGGGAGGCCCCAGGGUAGCCGGUCUCGCCUCGCCGCCACAGGGGGAAAUGGGCCGCCAGGUUGUCCCCCCCGGACCGUAGAACCAGUUGGACCUGCUGUGUCAUGCGGGUCGCUGCAUUCCCCCAGGGGCCCCUCCAGCAGGAUGUGUGUGUGGCUGAGGCGUGUCUCUCUUCUCCGCCGUGUUGGUCCCAAGGCUCUGGAUUUGAAGCCCUCAAGGGAUGGAGAAAGGCUGGCUCAGACCCAUGGUCCUGCUGGCUCAGGGUCCUGUCUCUGACCGUGGCCGGCGCUGGCUGCUUCAGAGGGAAUGAACAGAACAGGACAAUUAUUGCGUGAGCCAUCCCCUGCCGUCCAGUCCCAGCUUGGGGCAGUCAGAGGUUUAGGGACACCCAGAGCAUGGGGUUGCGUCCCUGACCAUCUUGGCUAAUAGCCAUUCAUGGACCUGUCCUCCAGGGGCUGAACUCAUUCCGUUUUGAACCCAGUUCUCCUUCACAACAUCCCCUGGCAAGGAGUUCCGCAGGUUGUCUGUGCGUCGGGUGAAGUCCUUCCGUUUGCUUUCAUCCUGCCACCUGUUCGUUUCCCCGGGUGACCCCUGGUGGGGGUGUUAGGCGAAGGGGUAAGUAACACUUCCCUACUCGCUUCUCUGCGCCCUCUGUGAUUUCUCAGCCCUUUCCCCCACCCCCCCUCAAGGCUACUUAACACACUUCGGUGGCACGGCUGCCGUGUAGCCGCUCGCUGCGGCAGGAGCCGGGCUCUCCCAGCCCUGGCGUUAAGCUGUCUGCCUGGCUGCACAAGGUCUCUCGGGGUGUGAGCGAUGGGCCUGGCUCGGCUGGGCUGCUGUUUGCCCGUCCCCAUGAUUCUCCCCGCGGUGGGAACCUCGCGCCGGCUGACACGGGGGGGGGGUUGAGACACCAGCUUUUGCACCACAAGCUGCGCAAGCCGGAAACCGUCUUGAGUGUUGUAAACGCCUGGAUCCCCCCGAUGGCUGGGGGGUCCCUGUGGGCAGCUGGGCCGGCUCAAGAAGUCCCUGUACGUGAUGUAACCGUCCCCCUCUUCCCCUUUCUCACAGCCGCUGCGUCUGCCUGUUUUCCUCCACCGCCGCCCCGUGAGAAACAAAGGUCGUUGUGCGGCUGUCGUCAGGCCUCCGCCACGAUCUGGCUUCCCAGGAUCCCCCGGACCUGCUCCUUGGGGGUCCCACCAGCUUGGCUUGACCGUGCUCCGCCGGGGAACAAGCUGAUCCCAAAGCCACCCGGAUUUCUGACGUGGGCGAUGAUGUGGCCCUGGCUCGCUGGGGAUGAGGCCAAGGGACCCCCAGCCCCCCAGGGGCUGUGACGCUGACCGGGAGCUCCCAGACAGGCCGCUGCGGCCGGCUGCCGAUCUCGGAUCGUCUCUUCGCAGAGACCAGACUCGGGCCGUCGCUAGCCCAGCGAGGGGAAUGGCUGCUCCAGGCGUGGGGGAAACCCUGUGUUGAGUCAUGCAAGGCUCCGUGAUGGCAGAGGACCAUGAAGGGGACCAAGCUGCUGACGGCGACCUUGGCCCUGCUGACGCUGCUGGCCCUGAAGGCCUAUAUGGACUGGAGCUUGGAGCAGCCCGAGCACCUGCCCGCCCCUGAGCCCGCCUGGCACCCCAGCCCCCUCCCGCUCACCCAGCCGCUGGGGGACGACCCGGCGGGGCUGCUGCUCCGUCUCAACGCCUCUCUCCAGCGGCUCCGCCACAGCGUCCCCGAGGCGGACGCCUACUGGAACCGCCAGCUGCGCGGGCUCUUCCAGGCGCUGGAGGGGGGGCCGGCCAACGGCACGUGGGGCUGCGGGGACGGGCCGGCCGCGGCGGCCGCCAUCAGGGACUUCGCCUCGUACCCAGACCAGCACCGGCGUUUCGUGCUGCAUGCCGGGUGCCGCAGCUUCCCGCUGCUGGUGAACCAGCCCCACAAGUGCGCCGGCAACGGGACCUUCCUGCUGCUGGCCAUCAAGUCGGUGCCGGGCAACUUCGCCGCCCGCCAGGCCGUGCGGGAGACCUGGGGCCGGGAGGGGGCACACGGGGGGCAGCCGGUGCGCACCAUCUUCCUGAUGGGCGCGGCCCACGGCCCGCACCAGCCCGACCUGCGGCGCCUCAUCGCCGCCGAGAGCCAGGCCUACGGCGACGUCCUGGUGUGGGACUUCGAGGACACGUUCUUCAACCUGACCCUCAAGGACUUCCUCUUCCUGGGCUGGGCGCUGGCGCACUGCCCCGACGCCCGCUUCGUGCUCAAGGGCGACGACGACGUUUUCAUCAACACGCCGCGGGUGCUGGCCUACCUGGGGGCGCUGGACACGCGCCGGGCCCGGACGCUCUACACCGGGCAGGUCAUGGCCAACGCCUCCCCCUUCCGCCAGGCCUCCAGCAAGUACUACAUCCCCGAGUCCUUCUACGCGGGGCCGUACCCGGCCUACGCCGGCGGGGGCGGCUACAUCUUCUCGGGCCGCCUGGCCCCGGCCCUCUUCCUGCUGGCUCAGCACGUGGCCUUCUACCCCAUCGACGACGUCUACACCGGGCUCUGCUUCCAGGCGCUGGGGGUGCGGGCCGAGGCCCACCCCGAAUUCCAGACCUUCGACAUCGCCGAGAAAGACCGGGCCGACCCCUGCGCGCACCGGCAGCUGCUCCUGGUGCAUCGGCGCAGCCCGCCGCAGACCAUGCAGCUCUGGCUGCAGCUUCGCGACCCCCAGCUCAAAUGCUGAUGGGGGGCUGAGCGCUGGCUGCAGGGGCCCCAGCCUUGAGCGGAGAGGGCCCUGGGACAUGGGGCUCCGGCAGGGCUGGAGGGGGGCUGCCCGUGCUGGGGGCCAGGACAAGAGAACGGGCCAAGCGGAAACGUGGUCCCGGCUCUCUGCCGCCAGACCGGCAAAUUCCCUCCCGCUGCCUUUAACUGGCCCCCCAGCUGUGAGCUGGGCCAUGGACCUGGGCGCGCCUGGGGGCGGGGGCACUGCUCUGGGCAGCUGGCUGUCGUUCCCGGAUGGGCCAUUAAACAGUGUCUGGCAGGA